UAGAGCCACAGAAAUCCAUUGGAUGUCACAACAUGGGGAGCCCCUCAUUAACUAAGAUUCUACACUGCGUGUGUAGUUGGGUCUCAUACACAUACACACACCACAGGAGCUAACACUCUUAGAGAAUUCAGCACUCUCCUCACCUCUUACCGCCCCCUCACAAGUACAAACAGAUUAACCUUUGUGUUGAUGCUCUCUCGCUGUAAAGUUCAUAGGCAGGUAUUUUUUAAAGAAGUGUGUUGGAUUACAUGAGUUCAUAUAUCCUGCGGUCAGACUCCCAAACAGUGCGCGGGACUGGGACACUCUCAUAGGAAAAGGGCUGUAAGAAGACAGACUUCAUAAUGGUGCAGAUGCUGAGGACAGAGAUGGGUCUUCUGUUGCUUCUUUCCUUACCCGGGGGGCUCUUUGAGGUAUUUCAGAUUGAAAACUUGGAUUGCUUCAACGACUAUGUAAAAGAGAUGUAUUGCUUCUGGGAGAUUUCUCACUUUAGUGGGAAAUGCGCAGAUCGAUUUAGACUGACAUUCACCGAGAGGGAAUCAAAAGCGGAUGACUGCAUCCCAGAAAACAUGCAAAGAGCGGAUGGCUUCAUAUAUACCAAUAAAUGUAUCUGCUACAUUCCUGUUGAUUUCAUAGUAGCAGCUACUUCCCAUAAAAUUGAAGUGAAGGCAAAUGGAGAAGUGCUUGAAAUCAAAGACAUUAUAGCAUAUGAAAAAGUCAAGCCAAGAAGCCCAACCAAUUUAACGCUGGAGCAUGAUAAUCAAGAGAGCAUAAAGGUGCACUGGAACACUGGCUAUUUAAAAAAUAAUCCUCUUCAUAAUCAGCUGAUUUUUCAGAUUCAACUGGUCAGCAAGCAAGACCCAAAAGAGGUGGAAAACAUUAGCAUCACACAAGGAGAACGUUCCUAUCAAAUAAACAAGAGAAAGCUGAAGCGUGGAGAUUACAGGAUUAAAAUCAGGUCAAAACCAGGCAUUAACUAUUUAAAGGGAACAUGGAGUGACUGGGCCCCGGGUCCUGAAUGGCAUAAUGAUUACAGUUUCUCAAACGAUGAAAUUAUGAAGGUUUCCAUGCCAAUCUCCGGAAUUCUAAUUAUAGUAUUGAGUUUAUUAUGCUAUUUCCUUGUCAUUAUUUGUAGGAAGAAGUGGUGGGACAUUCCAGAUCCAGCAAAAAGUCAACUGGUUCAAAGCAAACUAUUCAUGCCAGAUAUUGGUUAUUAUUCACAGGAACCAGUGUCAGAGUCAGCCUUACAUAAUAACUUCUUGCCAUUAAUUUCCAAUAAACCAAGUUCAAAUAUAACUCUAGUUAAAUGGUUUAACAAGAGGAUCUUUGGUGAACGUGAAGAGCGUACCAGAAACUGUUCUUACAAUGGAUAUCGUAACAUCUUUGAUAGAGAAGACCUGAAAAAUUCCUUUCUUAUCCCUGAGUUUACAGAAGUUGAAUACAUUGUGGAUACUUGCCCACUUAAGGAUGAUCCAAGCAAUGCAAGCAAGGAUAAAAGAGAAGAUAAAGCAUCGGAAGAGAUGGGAGAUCUACCUUUAGGAUUUGACCUCUCAAUCAAUAAAAUGUUUCUCGAUAUUUUAAAUGACAAGCCUUUUGAACCCGAGGCACCAGUAACAGAAACAAAUGACACAACGAGACAUGUUGUGAACAAAGAGAAUGCAUUUCAGAAUCAAAAAGAUUUUUCCCUUUUCAAUGAGAUCUGCAUGAAACAAGUAUCCUAUGUGUCACAGAUUGCAACUAACUCUGUGUGCUCUUAUUACAACUGCAUGCAAGAUAAUGCCGUAGUAACAGAACAGUCAAAAUAUUUUUUCAAUAACCAGGACCAAAGUGUCCCACUGGAGUCGCUAACUUACCGCCCAGCAGCGGGGUUUAUUAAGAACAAUUUUAAAGGUGAUGGUCAUGAUGAUGAUGAUGAUGAUGCAUGUAAUAAAUUGGACUACAGCCUCCUUGCCAAGACGGUUGUAAUGUUACAAAACAAAAAUGAAAUCUUGAAUAGUUUAACUGAUGAAGAAAACUGUCUGUCCGUGUUUUUGGAAAAGUCCCAAAAGACAUACCCUAAUGGUAGACUUAACCACAUAACAAAUCUUUUUUUGCCUUUCUUGCACGAUAGACCUGACCUUUGUUUCCAGCAAAAUUUAAUAAACGAUUCAGUCAAGCUGAACCCAAACGAAACCCAAAAUGAUACGGCAGAAACAUAUGCCCCUACUCUGGUUGAAAUUUGUGGAUACCAGAGCUUUGUAGAUGCAGUUCAUCAAGAAGAAACAUUGAUCCCUUGUACUCUUGGCAGUAACAAAAUCCCUAUAAUUGAGUCAGGAUAUAAAUCUUUUGAUAGUGCCCUGCAGGAGGUAAACAAUGAGCCAGAUUUGGAAAAUGGCAACAGCUCCUUUGAUUCACACAUACUUGUGUUUGGAGACUCUUGUCAUGAAGAACUGAAAAGAAUCUACGCCCUCCAAGCCCCUGUGAAUGAUGGUGGUAUAACAAUUAUAAACGUGGGGGAAAGUUUUGGGUGUGAUUGUUCCGAUUCUCUAAAUAUCCAUUUCAAUGAGAGCUGCUUGGAGAAUGACUGUAAACAUGCUAGAGUAGUAAAGAAGCAACAGUCUGUAUCUCCAGAUUCUUCUGAUCACUCCCACAGUGAAGGCACAGCAGCAAAUAUUCAGAGCCAUCAUUUAGAACAUGAGAGUAAUGGUGGGUCAAUAUAUGCAUUGACAUUUGACAUAUCCGACCAUACCAGGAAUUUCAAGAAGAGAAAUGGACAUCACACCUCAAUUGGCAAGAAAGAUGAUAUCAUUGUGAAUUCCUUUUCAUUGCAACUUGAUCAUUUUACAUCAAAUACUGACAACGACUUUGCCUCCCUUCACAAUCACCAUUCUUUAACUAGAUUUGAUUAUCCAACCGAAAGGGAAGCUCUGGAGUUUGAAAAUAUCUCGUAUUUACCGAGCUUCUAUUCUUUAAAAAAGAACCACAUCUGUUUCAAUGACUAA